AUUAGGGUUCUUCCCACAAUGGGAGCGGGAGACGAUGGCGCAGGCGGGGUCGUGGAGCUGGCCAAGACGAUCAUGCUGCCCUACUUGCAGCGCGCCGACGAGCUCCAGAAGCACGAUCCGCUGGUGGCGUAUUACUGUCGGUUGUAUGCUAUGGAGAGAGGCCUCAAAGUUCCAGCGAAGGAGCGGUCUAAGACCAUGAACGCGCUGCUUUUGUCGCUGAUGAAUCAGCUCGAGAAGGAUAAGAAAACCGUGAAGCUCAGCCCGGACGACAACUUACAUGUGGAAGGAUUUGCCUUGGGUGUUUUCUCCAAGGCGGACAAGCAAGACCGGGCUGGACGAGCAGACUUAAACACUGCGAAAACUUUCUACGCAUCCAGUAUUUUCUUCGAGAUCUUGACGCAGUUUGGAGAUCUCCAACCCGAAAUCGAGCAAAAGCAAAAGUACGCCGUUUGGAAGGCGGCUGAUAUCCGGAAGGCCUUGAGCGAGGGGCGAAAGCCCGAGCCUGGACCACCCGGUGGUGAUGCCGGCUUCUCACUCGACGACGUUUUCUCCGAGCAAGAAUUACUCACUGGAGAGACACCUCGGGCUCCUUCACCACCAGUCAAUCCCAAAACCAGUAUCGACCACGCUACAAGCACAGCAGCCUAUUACUCCUCGUCAGCUCCAGCUCCAGCUCCAUCUCAACUCGAUCAUACGCCGCCGCCACCACCACCACCACCACCACCACCGCCGCCGCCGCCGCCGCCGCCACCGGAGACUUCCUUCUACAGUAGCAACUCGGUGGAGCAUUUCCAAAAUGCACCCGAGCACUUUCCUCAGUCUGACCGCUGGGAAACUUCUCGGACAAACGACUAUCCCAUGGACAGUGGCUACCCCUCCGCGACGUAUCCCUCAUCCGGUUUCUACCCGAGUUCAUCGGCACCGUUUUCUCAGCAACACCCAGGAUCCGGAGACUACCACUCGCCUCCAUCGUAUCCGUGCUUCACUCAACCUGGUGGUGGGUCAUUCCAAGCUCCGACGAUCAAUCCGGCUUCUUCUUAUCAGCAGGCUCCAGCAGCGGCAGCAGCAGCGGCGUAUCAGCAGCAGCCAGUGUACGAGCCGCCGCCACUGCCGAGGACCUCGAGUGCUCCACCAUUGCCGGAGCUGGAGAAGAACUACAAGCCUCCACCGGAGAAGAUAACCGAGGCACACAAGGCAUCCAGGUUUGCAGUGAGCGCUCUAGCGUUUGACGACGUCCCCACCGCAAUCAGCUAUCUCAGGCGCUCGCUCGAGCUCCUGACCUCUCCCUCGGCUUCCUGAUGGUAAUGUUAAAAACCUUUCUUUCUUUCAUUAGUUUUCUUCAAAAUCUAAAGCUCGAUCAUCUUUCGAAGUUC